AAUGCAUUAAAUAGCGCUAAGAGAGCCGGGGUGCUCUGCGUGGUAGUGUGGCGCAACACAAGUAUUAAUUAAAUGGGCCAGAAGAGAAGCAAAGCAAAGCAAAACAAAAAAAACCCUAGAUUUUAUCGUUCAACUAGAGAGAUACCAAGUCCACAUUGAAUGGCUAACGAAUACCACACCGUAAAACUAGCAAAAUGCAAACCUUAUCUAACAAAUACACAACCACAUACACAAACACACACAAAUCAAUUUCCCCUAAAAUGAGAGACACGCGCGAAGCAUCGACACUCAAUUAUGGAAGACAUCUUGCACACGGUAAAGCAAAAGCAAAAAAGCUCUCCCAAAGGAAAACUGAACAGAAAAACAGCGCCAAACGAAGAAUAGUCGCGAAAAACCCGGAAGGAAGAAUCUUAGUAAUCUCAUACGGGAGAUAUUCAGAUCCACGACGUGAAAGCUCGGCUAUUCCUAGCUGCAAGUUCCGCAGGACAGCAACAGGUUAUUGAGUGGGUGAUCAAAUGAUCAGUUCAGCAAAUGUAGGAGAUACAUUUGUCCCUAUCCAAACAAGUAUUCCAAUUUAUCUUCCCGUCUCUCACUCUCUCCGGACACACUCUUGUUUUUUCCUAGACACCACAGACACUUUCGGAUUCUGAAGUUCCCGGAGGUAGUUUUUUUCCGAUCGGAGCCAUCUUGGAAAGCAAAUACCUGCAAACACACACCCCUUCUAUGUGGUUCUUGCACACACACACACAUCACCUCACUUCCCGACCUCGACGUGUGGUUGGAGAUGAAUUUUCUUGUGCACAACCGCCUCACCUCUAGCAACCCAAACCUUCCCGUUCCCGCACAGCACGCUCCUCGCAAAACACACGGCCACUAUUGCCACUAGUAACCACCACCAUUUUUGUCCACAGCAAAUGAACAGCGAACACACACACGGGUACACGGGUGAAUUUGCUCACGCCACGGUGCGGCCUCCUCUCCCCCCCCCCUUCUCCCCUUUUUAAAAAGCACUUACUUAACACUACUAAUUACUACUACUAAUUACUACUAGUACUACUAACUACUACCGCUACGAAAAACCAAACUAACUACUACUACUCCCAUCACCCCUCAUUGCAAUCGCCAUUGUUUAUCGGUGCUCAACAUCCGGUGUUGUUAGGGUUGUGUUUUUUUUAUUGGGAAAACAAAGGUGUUUUUACUAUCUUUUGGCAAAUAAUUUACCAACCGCCAAGCCCUCCACAGCGGGGUGGCCAUGUGUGGAUUUGUGUGUGCACAGUAGGUAGUAAACGUAUGACGAGAGAUAUCGACGCCAUUAACUGCCAAUCAGGUAUCUGCAACUUUUUUUCGUUGAAAUGCGCCAUUUUUGUUGACUCCGGCCUCACCUCCAUCCCCUCCCUCCCUGAAGGUGUUCAAAGGGUCAUCCGAGUUGCUACUACUUUGUACAACAAUGCUCUGUCACACAUAAAACACUUACACAUACACACACACGAAACCACAUCUGUUGGAACGCGAACUUGGAUCGUGUGUCCCACCUGUUCCCACGAAACGGGGACCGAGAAAUGCUUCCAGUGUAAAAGAAUCUAACGAAGAAAGGAGAGAUUUAUUUGAAGGUAUUUAACGCACACGCACACAAUCGGCCGAAAUCGAUCAGCCAUGCACGUGAACCUUGCGAAUCUUUAUGCCAAAUUAUGUGACCAGCUAGCAAUUAAAUCGAUCUUACGACAACGUUCUCCCUUAUUCACUGGCUUUCCCAAACCCCGUCAACAUCACACCCUUAUCUUCUGCUGCACUGCCUUUCUGCACUAGACUUAAUCUACGGCAGUUUAGUUUAGAGCUUCCCAUUUUCUGUUUUCACCAUCGCUCGAUCGUGUAAAGAUCCUCGAUCCAUCAUGAUCGUGAUAGUGAGUGGUCGGGUGUUGUCGGUUUAUAUAGGAUAAGUUGUUUCGAUAGCGCAAGCGAAACCAUCAAUACACUAGCGGAUGCAUACGGGAAUCACUCAUUACAGCGGCACACACAUCUAGACAUACACACAUAAUCCCCUCCUAUCUCUCUCUCUCUCUCUUUCCGUGCAUACAACAUAAAGAAAAAACACGACAAGUAGAGUUCAAAAUCAAACACACACACUCACACACAAAAUCAUGGUUAAGAGCAAGCAAAAAAAAAAUGGGAAAACUCGUGAUUACAAAAGUUGUUGUUUCCGAAAUUUUAUAGUUAUUCUAUCUCCUAUAGGGGUUUGUUAGAGCGAAAACGUACGCAAGAAUGCGAAAUAAAACAACAAAAAAACACAAAAGCAAGAAGAGCAACCAAAAAAAAAACAUAAAACAAAAGAAACAAACAAGCGAAGAAGAAAAAGGCGAAGGGAAAAUGAAAAACUCUAAUUAACUAAUUAAAUACAUACGUAGACAUUGACUAUUCGGCACCGAUACCAAUUCACUUAACCGUUCAACAACAAAACAAAAAAAAAGGGAGAAAAGGAUAUUUUGGAAAGGUUUUGCGCGCGCAAAAGAAACCCCGGAAAACAUGGAAUCUUACACAUACACGCACGCGAAGAAAAACACACACACAAACACACUUUCCAUAUAUACACACACACACACACAGGAAAUGUACUACUAGUGCUUUGGUUUUGGCCUGAUUGAGAGCGAAAGCGGAACACGAAAUUUACUAAUCGCAUGCCGCGCAUUACUACAUUACUUGCUCUUGAAUGCGUAGAUGAUAACAAAAGAAACAAAACAAAACAAACAAACAAACACAAAACACACACACACAUACAGACGGAAAACAAAAUGCGCAAAAAAUGAUACACAUUUAUACACACAUUAGUAAGAAAACUCGUUGUAACCAAAGUAUUGCAAAGUAAACAAAACAAGAAAGUCAAAAAACCAACAAACAAAACGUAACUGCAAACAAAAAAAAAAAUACUGUCAGAUUGAUUGGAAAAGGAAAAUAGAUUGUUUUUUUCAUACUAAAGCUAACUCCUUCCGUUGUUCGUUGUUUUCACUGAUCAUCUGAAAAAAAAGCAAAACAAAAUGGCGCAUUGUGUGCGGAGGGUUGGAGAAAAAAAAACAACCCCGCCCGAAAAUGAUGGUAGCGCUUUGGCGUUUCGUUGCUUUCAUGGCACAACUAUGGGGAUGGAGUGUUAUAUAUAUCACCGUGUACAGGGAGAGUUAUUUCCAGGGCCUGCUGGAGCUUUUCCAUUUUGUUCCGUUAUUGUUUCUUACGGUUUGGUUUUGUUAUUCUGAUGCGCACACAAUUUCAUCCACAUUCUCUCGGUUCCCCUAAAGCGUACGGCACCGUUAAACAACUUUAAAUAACACCUUAUCCUAGCACAGCGCACAGCAUCCUAGGGUGAUAACCUUUUUUCCCCCCAAAAAAAACCACCCCUAACCACCAGCACCUCCACAAAUCAUCGCACACAGACACACAUUAGUUGGGCCACUAUUUUCGCACCGCAACGUGGCACACACAAAGAUCAAACGUCAUUGCAAGCUACAAUUGCACCGCCAACUUUUCUCCAGCUUCGCAAGCGUUAGCCAGACAACCCAAAUGCAAUGAACAAAACAAUGUGCAAAUUAAAGUAGGCGUAAGAAAAAAAAAACACUCUAGUCGUUUAGAUGAAUAAAUACGGUGUGAGUGGAAGGGAGGGGGUGAUAUGUGCGAAUGUGAGUAGCAUGAGUAAAUUUAAUGAUAUUAUCGAUAAAAAAGAAACAAACUAUGUUCCAGAACUUCCACUCCACGAAAAAGAAAGCGUAAAUGUAGCGUAAAGUUCCAACAAAACGAGAAAAGACGAGGAAAGGAACAUUGAAAUACACGAACGAACCCUCCUCGAGAAGGGUUACGAUAAGCAUAAGUAUGUUCUGCAAAGCACAAAAAAAUUGGUAGAAUUCAAUGCAAUAUCUCUUAGCAGGAUCAACACUUCCAAACAAUGAAACACUUCGAUACGCACACGCGAGACACACCUUACGUUAAGCCAGAACGCAGAAGAAAAAGGCAUACGGCGAAGAAUACGAGGCACUCGAAAGAGUAUUUAAAAUUCUAAAUUUAUAUAAUAGCAAAACAUGAGAGGCGGUACCGAAAGGAACAAGAAAAACACAGCCCCCGCCACAAGUUAAAGCGUAGUGAACAUAAAACACUUAAGCAAACAAAGCAAAAAAAAACCAGUUACUAUUUCUCCGUAGGAAAAUUGUUGAAACGCGUGUUGUAAAACAUUCGCCGGUACGUUCGGUUACUGAACCCCAUAAAAUGCGUAGACGUUCGCUAACUACUUACGCCAUUGCCCAUUGAACACGUUGUGUUUGCACAAUGUGCAUACUUACCGUACAGGUUAUAUGUCGUAUUACCCUGAUCUGUAACAUCUGAUCGGUCAACAAUAUUUUUUUUAUAUUUUCAACCCCCUGAGGUGAUCAGCAUCUAAACACUAUACAACAUUCGGGCUCUUUGUCCGCCGGCUUCUAUGUAGGAGGUUAAACUCUUUGUUGUAGUGCACAAUGCAAAACUGCAUUCAAUUCAGCGCAAAACCGCACGAAACUACGCGUAACAAAUGAGCAAACUAUAAAUGGAAACAAAUAGGACUUAUUAAUUGAAGCAACAAAACAAAACAAACGUCAAGUGGGGAAACGACGUACAGUAGCAGUGUAAAAAGUGGAAGAAAAUAACGUAUUACCGUAAAAACAAACAUAACUAGGCGAACGGGAUGUUUACUCGUCAAAUAUCUGUAGAUUAUGUGUCUUUUUCACAACGGUGGGGUUCGCAUGGGAUGAAUACUUUUCAAACCAAAACCCUGAAAGAACUGCUCAAUUAUAUUAGCGUAUGUGGCGAUGCCCGAUAAGCAUAAGGUACAGGCAUUAUUACGUUACAAACAAAAGCUGGGAAUAUAAAUAUCUUUAUUCCUGUACGAAAGAAUGAAGGGCGCGAAACAAGUAGUAAAAUUUAUGACAAAAAAAAACACAACAAUGUUACGUAUGGUUUGUGGUUAGAAACAAAACAUAUUUAGUAACUUUUUCCUAGCGGUAUCCACAUACACGCCGUGUAUAUUAGACAAAACGGAAGAAUCUAACCCCCUCCCACAAACACACACACACACUUAACACACAAAAAAAACCGGUCCUGCACCUUCUUAGCGUACUAUUACUCCCUUCACGUAGUAGACCCUAAGCACGGUAAAAAAAACCAUUUUAAACAGAAAGUGAUCCGACACUGCUACUAGCGAGCGCAUUAAUGCAAGAUUUGCACUUGUCAUUUGUACGAUAGCAAUUGUAUCAAACAGACAUUACGUUACAUGCGUGUAAAUGCACGCAAACAGGUGCGAUCAGUGUUUUCGCACACAAAUCGAAAAAAUAAGUGAUUACCAAGCUGUACUAAAGAGAGACAAGCAAAAGAAAAACAUAAAAUAAAAGGGCAAACGGUCAAGGAAGUUACUCGUCGCCCUAAUUAUCAUCGAUGGAAAAGGGAGGAACAAAACCAAAACUUACGAUAUUACGAUAAGCACUGUACUUAACUGUACUAGUACCGAAACAACAACAAAAAAGUGGAACUCAAAAACAUAAAACCCAAACCAAAAAAAGCUAAAUAAAUAUUUAAAAAAACACUAAAAAAUAACUAAUCACACAAAACGUGAGCGCACUUAUGAACAACAAAACUUCGAAUACAUGUAGUAGUCCAAACAAAGAAAAACAAAAGGUUCGAUUUGAUAAAAUAAAAACAACAUAGAGAAAGCAACGUGGCCCGCGCAUUGCGGACGGCUUACUGGACCAUCCCCAAAACUCCAAAUGCAAAAAAAAGACAAACAAAAAAUCCAAACGAAGGUACUUCUACUUAACUGCUAGCGCGAAGGGUCAAACAAUUAAACAAUGGCCGUUUGCCAUUUUACCGACAUAUAAAACAAGCGCGGAUGAUUCCUACCAGUGGCAAUAUUUAAAGCAAAACCAAAAACAGCAAUGUUCUAGCAUAGAAUAGAUUUCGGUUCUUCCAAAAUUAAUAACCUAACCUAUCUACAAAUAGAGAAACAGACGAACAGGCGAACAUUAAACACAACGUAAUCGCUAACUGCACUAAAAUAAUGUGUAACUUACGCUUACCGAAGAGUUUCUUUUCUUCUUGUUUCUACUUGUUUCUUUUCUUCUUAUAAAUGUUAUCCUACACUUAGAAUACAUUUGCAGAGCACUCUAUUACAUUAAGUUGUCUCUUUUGUUACUCCACUUGUUUGUUUUCUUGAGAUUUUCACCAGUUUUAUGAUCCUUCUCUCAUUAAAAUACUACCCAAUACAAACCUACUAGGCUAGCAAACACACAAUUUACCCAUACCACACUCUCAAAUCUCCCUCUUUCUCCCCACCCCCCUCCCACACAAAAAAAGACGCAAAAGGAAUAACUACAAAUCAAAAGCAGGCAAAAACUAAACAAAAAACAACCCGCAAUGUGAUUGAUCUGUGUAGGAACGCAAUACAGCGCAACAUGCAUAAAAAAAAGGAAACAGAUAUCUCAGAGACUUGACAGAGGUGGUAGGUAUCUCGGAACUGGUAGGGCAACGUAAUAAAAAAAAUAAAAAAGAAAAAAAAACAGACAGCGAAAGCAUAAGUUGAAUGUUACAUAGAAUGUAAACAGAAGAAGAGAAAAAACAUGCAAAAAACCAAAACUAACAAAACAGCAAAAAAACACAACUGUAGUGAAAAUGGAUAAAAGCAAAAACAAUGUGUAAGUAUGUGUUAAAUACUCACUGUACUCUAAUAUUAGUAAAAGAAAACAAAGGCAAAAAACAGACAACACUUCAAAAAGAAAAGGAAAAGAAACCGAUAAGCGAGUGGUAUAUAUAUACAAAUAUAUAUAGUAGAAUGCUAAACACACAGCAGCAAAAGCGAACUGUAGCACUGAGAUGUUUCUGACGUAGCCGUGUCGUAACACGAAACAUUCAACCACAAAGGAAAUUCAGAGAGAAAAAAAAUAAUUAUAUACAUAUAAACCUAUGAAGGGAAAAAGGCAAAAAUGUACGAGAAAAUAUUAUAUAUAUACAAAACAUAUAUAUAUAUAUGAAAAGCAGAAACAGAAAAGAAAAAAAACACAAGAAAAAUUCUAAAUAAAUAUAAAUUUUUUAUAUAGGAAUGUAAUAUCUUACAAAACAAAACCAGUACACAGUGGUGAAGCGGUUACAAACAAACGCAAAGCAAACAAAAAAAAACCAAAAGCAGCAUUGUUUCUGUGUGUGUGGUGCUGUGAAAACGUGAGGAACAUGAGUUGAAAGCGAACAAAACAAUGGCAAAACUAAUGGUAAAUAUGCGCACGGUUACGAAACAAUUACUUUCACAACAUAAACAGCAACAGCGUUCAACGUUCCGGAACUAGAGUUUGUACAUAUUUUAAGUUUUUGAGCAGAAAACCACUCAAACACACACCCCAGCCGUACACUAUAGCGUCACGAAACUCACUCACUGUUACAAUGCGCGUAUAUAUCGGAUGCCAGUUGUUGAUAAAACGGUCGAGUUCAGAAGCAUUAAAAGCAAACCAUUAUACCAAAAAAAACACACAUUGCCGACUGUGUAAAGUAGAUACUCUUCGAAGCAAGUAAAUGCACAUACAGGAGGGAGCCAAUUGCGAACACAUCAGCGGCGGUGCCUGAUGCUGCUAAGGGCAUAGGGAAAACGCAUAAGGUAUAUGCUCAAAGCUUUCCACACACAAAAAUACACACACAUUCAAGUGGAAAAAUGGAAGUAUGGAAGAGGAUAUGAAGCUAAUGGUCAAAGCGGCAAGCUACCUUUGUUAUCACGUUAACGCUCAAUGACAGUAGGACGCGACAGUUUUUACGCGAAGAUUAUAACCAGCAUAGUGGAAAAUGCGGUAGAGAAACAAAUAAAUCAAAUUGCAUACAUAUUCCAGUUUUUAUUACAAACUCUUACUAAACACCGACCCCACUCAACGUAAGUAGCGAAACAAUACAACAACAGCAAAACACGCAAAAUCAAACACACAGCAUCUACACAAUAAAAAGAAAGAACACAUAAUAACAAGAACAACAACAACAAAAAAACAUAAGCCUUAAGCUGGUAUUUUCCGUCGGUCCAUCACCGUUACAAAUGGUUAUAAACAAAAAAAAACUUUUAUCCAUACCACAGGGCCAUAGCCAUCAGAAUGCCACUAGUUAAAGUAUAUUUAUAUUAUAAUAAAUACUCACAGUCGACAGCCGAACCGAUAGAGAUCCUUGAAACACGCCACAGUAACCUAUCUUUGCGAACAGUUCCGUGAGUCAGUAAGCGAGCCAGAGAGCGCACGUGGGGCCUGGCCGGAAGCCAAAGGAAAGUGGGCAAACAGUAUGCCCCUGGCUAACAUAAAAGCUAGUGCUGAACAACGUCUGUGAAUUGUAUGCACCGAACACCGAACGAUCUAACUAUAAUGAACCGAAGAAUAUCGAAAUCCUAGAAGCAAUGUCCAAUGCGAGCGAUUGUGCGUGAAUAACAAACGUAAACUUGUAGCGUCAUCAGUCAGAACGGGGACAACAAAAAAAAACGAGAACUCACUAACAGAUAAGCGAAAAGUAAAGCAAAAAGCGCCACAAAAGAUAAAAAUAGCAAAAAAAGAAAACAAAUAAGGGAAAACAAAACCACGAUACAGUAGCAAAACGGCAUUUCGCAGGA